GUACUACUGAGUUUAUCGGGAGAUUAAAAUAAGGAUGGCCAGCUUGUCAGGAAUCAGCGAGUUGUGUGAAAAUCCAAAUGAUGUGUUUUUGGACGUUUCCAAGCUUCUGUUGACAUACGCGGAUAACAUUUUGCGGAAUCCGGAAGAGGAAAAGUUUCGAUCCAUUCGAAUUGGAAACCCAACGUUUUCCACCAGACUUCUGCCAAUCAGGGGCGCUGUGCGAUGUCUCUUUGACAUGGGAUUUGAAGAGGGAGAAACUCAUCUUGUUUUUCCAAAGACUUCAUCAGUUGAACAGCUGCGACACAUCCGAGAACUUAUUGCUGCCGAAAGGGACCACCGACUGCAGGGGAGUCCAUCUUCUCCACCAGUGGUCAACCAAAAUACAAACCCCACUCUGAGCCAGACUGUCCCUAACGCUACACCAUCUCCUCCAGCUCCUGAAGUGCAGCAGCCACAGGUUUGUCCUUCUCUACCCAGGGAUCCUUCUAUUAUGAGUUUUUUAAGUACACUUCAAUCAAACUUUGAGCAUGUCUUAAUAUAUGAGAACCCAGACGUUCAGGAAAAAGCUCUUUCAUGUAUUCCAUUACUACAACUGCAGGAUAAAGUGCAGGAGAAUUUGUUGGAAGCCACAACAGAAGACCCAGGUUGCAAAGUAAAUACCAGUGAUUUUUUGCUGAUUGAGUUACUGAAGUGGUUUAAGGGGGAAUUCUUCAGUUGGGUAAAUAAUUUGCCAUGUAGCAGAUGUGGAGGCCAAACUGAAACUGCUGGUAGUGUGCCUCCUUCACCUGAUGACUUGCGGUGGGGUGCACAACGUGUGGAGAGUCACUACUGCAGUCAGUGCAACUUUACCACAAGAUUUCCAAGAUAUAACAAUCCAGAAAAACUCCUGGAAACCAGACGAGGCAGAUGUGGGGAGUGGGCGAACUGUUUCACGUUAUGCUGUAGAGCAGUGGGUUUGGAUGCAAGGUAUAUCUGGGAUAUUACAGAUCAUGUCUGGACAGAAGUAUACUCUACAUCCCAAAGUCGGUGGUUGCAUUGUGACCCCUGUGAAAAUGUCUGUGAUAAGCCACUUCUUUAUGAGAUUGGCUGGGGAAAGAAACUUUCAUAUAUCAUUGCUUUUUCUAAGGAUGAGGUUGUUGAUGUGACAUGGAGAUAUUCAUGCAAACACCAAGAAGUACUUACCCGGAGAACAAAAGCACCAGAAAGCUGGCUUCGGAAAUCUCUUAAUGAGCUCAAUUCUGUUAGACAAAGACAGUUUACAUCAAAGAGAAAGAGUGAGCUUCUGGAAAGACUUCUUAUGGAGUUAGUAGAAUUUAUAUCUCCAAAAACUCCUAAACCAGGUGAACUUGGAGGUCGUACGUCCGGCUCUUUGGCCUGGAGAGUUGCCAGAGGGGAAACUAAAAGCCAGUCUGCAUCUAAGGCUUUUGUUUUCACUCCAUCAGAAGAGGAAAGUAAACAUAAAUUGUUCCAUCUACAAUACAACACUGCCAAGGACUGUUACAUCCGUGUUUCGAACAAUAAAGAACAAAUUAAUGGCUGGGAUAAUGGAGUCUGGAGUCUAGAAUCCGUUUUUAGAAAGACUGAAAUGGAUUGGAAAAUGGCUUAUCUAGCCCGGAUUGAAAAAUCAUCUUCAGCCAGAAUCUGCUGGAAGUUUGACUGUGGUGGGUUUGGAUUCAAGAUUAAGAAUGUUUCAGUAAGAGCAAACAGUCAAACAUUUCAUAGUGGGAAAGUGACAUGGUCACUAAGAGCAAAUGAUCAAAGUGUUCAUCUUGAUGGAGACACCCAGUUACAUGAAUAUGAUUUUACUGGAGCUACUGAUUUAGUUUUAGAAGCUGAAUUGACUGGCGGUGAAGGUGAUUCAGCUUGGCAGCACACACAGCUGUUUAGGCAGAGCCUGACAGAUGAAAGAUUUUACCCUUUGGAAAUUAUUAUAACAAUGGAAAGUGCUUGAUAAAUAUUUUUAUUAUGAAGAAGAAUUUUUAUUUGUGCUUGAUAAAUAUUUUAUUAUGCAGAUGAUUUUUUUUUAUUUGUUUUACUUUUUCAUUUAUUAGACUGUUAUCUUAAUGUAUGAAUUUGGCAGUGCAAUUUUUAACCUGGUCUUCUUGUAAUUUUGUAAGAAAGGAAGACGGUGUGACUAUGCUAAAAGAGAAAUGCAAAGAUUAAGAAUUAAAUUAACUUCUCUUUGAAUAUGUGUAACUACACCACAACAUUAAAAUCGCACCACUUUUGCACAGAGUCCUUCUCUCUUUGGUACCUAGUGCUUAGUUUCUUCUCUCCAACUGUGUCAGUUCAGCAUGCACACUUGCCUGUGUUAAUUGAUUUUGCUAUUUAUAUGAAAAACUCAGGGGUGUGCGCUGCAGUCUGAGCAUCAGCUCUUUGUGCUUCUUGAGCAAAGCUGAUGGAAUAAACCAGAAUCAUAGAAUCCUCCUACAGCCUCAGUCCACUCACAUGACUCAAUUCAUCAACGCUGUAAGUGGAAUUGCACAUGUGCUGAAAUAAUGUGCAGACAUUGGAUUCCUAUUGUAUGUUAUUUUUCUUUAAUUUGGAAUACUAUGAUUAACUGAUUAUAGCAGUUGUGCUUUGAACCUUGUAACAACUAUCUAUUUUAUAGUAGUUCUAUGUCCAGUUUAUGUUAUGUUUUAAAAUUAUAAUAAUGCAGCAUGAAUCUAACAAAGUAAUGCGAGUACAACAUUGGUUUCAAAUCCAAUAGGUUAAAAAAAUGUCUCUGGCUGAUGAUACCAGGUGCUGCGCUGUGUAAUAUGGGAAAGCAACAUGUCGAAAGCCGGGACCAUCUGAGCCCUAAGUAUAACACCAACUUAAUAACUAAUAUUUUAUGGAAAUAUAUUGUAAAUGAUAAACUAAAUGCAUAACAUUUUCUAGUAAUUCCUUUAUUUAAAUGGAGUGGUUUGGAAUACCAUGGGCAUGAAUUUCACUCUAGUCUAGCAGGGAAUUUUUGGUCUACCAAAAAUAGAUGGGUUACUAUAAAAGCUUUAUCCUAUCACUCAAAAAUGUUUUAUUGCAUUAUUCUGCAAUACUUGUUGGAUUAUUUCACAAACUUAUUGUGUUGUUUUGCAGUAGUUACUUUGUGUUAUUUUGCAGAAAUAUUGCCUGCUGCAGUGUCAACAUAGGUAGUUUGGCCAUCUAAUGACGGCUUCUGUGGGGCACAUUAAACACAUGGGUAUUGUGCAAUUAGGUGACAGGAAAUGGACAGGCAUACAUUUAGUUGUAAUCAGGUUCAAUUUUGAUAAGUUUAGUACAGAUGUUUCAUGUAUUCAUGAUUAUGAACCUUUAAUUGUGAGCACCAGUCUUACUUCAUGCAGUUUGUACACCAGUUCAGGUUAUUUAUGUGAUCCCUCUGAUUUUUUUUCAGUUAAAUAGCACAUUGAUUUGUUUACCACAUAUAUAAAAAUGUUAACAAGAAAAGGCCAUUUUAGCUCAACAUUAGUCCAGAAAUAAUAAGUAGUGUAGAUUUCCUGUUUUCCAUAGUGCAGCUUUCAGCUACAUUGAAAAGUAACUGAUUCUACCAUAUUCAAAAUUCUAACAGUUCUGUAAUUGUAUUAAAAUGUGUUUUGCUCUACUUUAUUUCAGCUAACUAGCUUAUUAAAAUAUCCCAGUGUUUGCCUUCUAAAUUUCUCAUAUAAUGGCUUUGUUGUUACUUAUGUUCAAUCCAAGUUAACUUGGUCUGAGAAUUUAAGAAUGAGGCAGUUGUAUUUGUUAUUUACAAGCAGAUCUUACGAUUUGAAAUUGUUGCGAUUUUAUUCACGUUUUGGGGUUUAUUUUAUUGCUACUUUAUUUUCUCAACGCCAUUUUGUUUUAUGGAUUAUGACACGUGACGUUAUUGCAGUUGCAUGGGGACAUCAUCACAAAUACAUUAAAAUAUGGUGGUGUUUUUAUUGUGUUUUUUAAUUCAACAUUUCUUGAUCUAGAGCAAUGUUUAUAUUUUACUUUGGUUUUGUAUUAAAAAAACAAAAGAAAUGUUUAAGGUCUUCUUUGUUCAAAAACAGUUUUAUGUGUUACUUUAAAUUUGAUCACCUUCUCACAUGCUGGAAGCCCCUCAGAAUUAAUUAUGAGGAUCAAAGUGUCCUUUUAUUCAAAAUUCUUUAAAUAUCAUAGAACAUAGAAAUGUACAUAGUGAAGGUGUAAAUUUGGACACAGCUUUUAGAUUUUUAAGUAAUUGCAAUGCAUUUGUUGUAUUCUUCUCUGCAAAAUAAAUGAUGGAGUUAAAAAAUGGUGUGGUGGCAAAGAUGAAUUUUACAUUAGAAAUAGGACUAUGCAUAAUGUUAUGUCUGACUAUAUUCUGGAGGAAACAGGAGAUGUAAUUGCCAAAAUGAUAUAAAGGUAAUCGAAUAGAAAUGGAAUUUGUUUUAAGUUACAAUAGGACUGCCAGCUGCUGCUCUGCUCAUUCAUAAAAACAUAAGGGAACAGUUUUCCAUCGACACAUUAUUAUGGUUUUGUCUUUUUGUUUGUUAACCAAGGCCUGUUAAUUUAUUUUGUGACAUUGUUUUACAUUUGAAUUGUUUUUAAUACAUAUAAACCUUGUAUGUAAAUUGUAAUUAUCCAGUAUUAGUAAAAUAAAGGAAACCAUGUGGCAUUUAUCAGCAAAAUAACUUUGAUAAUGUGAAUAAAUAAAAUUAAAUAUAUAUGUA